AAACUCAAAAAAGCGGCCCUUUUCGUAGCGGUCGUUUCAUUGUUUACCGAUCCGCCAUUUCUCAAACAACGGAAUUAGAUUUUCUGUCGUAUUGUUUUUCCCUUCCUGUGUGCUGUAUUUCUGCCAAUAAUUAUGUGGUCCUGUGUUGAGCCCGUUUCAUCGAUCGACGAAUCCAUCGUGGGAGUGUUUUGUACCAGCGGGCUGCUGCGAAUCUCUAGCAAGCAAACGGUCCUGAAAACGCCCGCCAUUAAUGGCAUCCUGCAAAACAACCGGCUGGUGAUAUCGAUCGAUAAUGCGCUGAUACUGUACGAAGAUGAAAAGCGCUGCAACCAAGGGAAGUUUGUGGACGCUGGCUACGCGGUCGAGGUGAUUGCCGUUUCAGCGAGUGGAAACAUCGUCGUGUGUGGCCUGUCGAAUGGUACCAUCGCGGUGCUACACAUCUCGGGCGUCAUUGUGCUUACAUUAGAGGUGCAGCAGUCCGAGUCACCCAGUGGAGAGCCCACAUUCGCCGGCAUAUUCGAUGAAGGCAAUGGACGGUACCUGUUUCACACCGCGAAGGGUUUGCUGUACCGGCUCACGCUGGACGAGGCCAAAAUUGCCGAAUGCAUUGAAUCCGGGGGCAAUCCACCGGAGACAAAGAUCGCUCAGUACGCGCAGUACGAAAGGCUGAUCGGGAAGCAGUUCCAGGACCCGAUCGUGUGCUUCUCUCCGAUCCGGCAGUACAGCAUCGGCCAAGAGUCUUCCAUUCCGCUGAUUGCGGCUGCCAGCAAGCAAACGAUGUACUUCUACCGCGAGGGCAACGUCGAGAUCGUCCCCCUCAAGCCGGAAUACGAUGGAGUGAAGAAAAUAUUUACACUCAUGAACUGCAAAUACGCGUUGACUUACAGUGGCCAACUGUUUGAAAUAUGCCCACUGACGAAGCUGAUGUCGGAACUGCCGUGCACUUUCCGCAUCGAUGAGCUGGUGGUGCUCGAAGCGAAUGGAGAAAUUUUCGAACUGCUCAUCACAACCAAACCGGACAGCAACGGAAAGAUUCUGAUGAAGAUCGUUAGCUUUCCAACGAUGGAAAUACGCCAAGAAAUGGAAAUGUCCGAGCACACGUGGUUGGUGCAGCAGCCGAAAAACUCGGCCAACAUCUACUACAUCGCCGGGCUGACACACAAAGAACCGAUCGUGCAAGAGUUUGAACUGAAAAUACUGUCCGAAACGGAUCCCUUCCUGCGUCUGGUGAAGUUGAUCAAAAUCGGACGGCUUGAUGAAGCGGAAGAGUUUGCCAAACAGUUCGACCUGGACGUACAGUUGGUGCAUCAGGCACGCGUAAAGCAACUGCUCGACGGGCUCAGUUCAUCCCAGAACGCGGAAGAAUCGUUCGGUCGGCUGAUGAAGGUCCUGGGAGACGUGAACGAUGCCACGUUUCUUACCUCCAUUCGUGACGCUAGCAUCGCUGAUAGGAACAUGAAGAAACGCUAUUUACAGUUCCUGCUGGCUAAAGUUUCGGCGGCAAAGGACGUGGAAAUGGACUCCGUAAUCGACAUCAACGAGCGGCUGCUGCGCAUGGAAACGCUCAAGCUGAUCGAUCCGUACGAAAUCGACCCGGACUGGCAGCAGUUUGUGUACCACGACAAUUUGCUCCAGCUGUGCACCGAACUGUUCCAGAAGGAUAUGGACGCCGCCUGUCUGAUUUGGUCGCGGCACAUUGCCUGCAUCCUGCCCCAGCUGGACGAUGCGAAGGUGGCCAUCCUGCUGCGUGCCAUCCCGAAGGAAACGUCCCCGCUGCACGUCGUCCAGUGGUUGAUGCACUUCGUCGGUCCCAUCCUGCACCAUCAGCCGCAGCUGAUGCAUCUGCUGGUGCAGUUUAUUGUGUCGCGCGCCAAGUCUUUCCAGAAGCUAGCGGCGUGGCCCACGAUCGGGCUGACCUUUCUCGAGGAUGUGAUCAAGCUGCUGCAGGAGGUGAAGUUUCCGCUGAUCGAUCUGCGCCUCCAGUACGACAGCAACAUGGAGGAGCUGCAGCGUAUGGCGCGGGCGCUGCGCGAUCUGGUCACGCUCAAGCAGCAGUUCAAUCUGCAGGCCAGCCUGGACUGCUACAUGCAGGAGGAUGUGGAAAACACUGCCUUCCGGUUGCUGCAGAUUACGCCGCUGAAUCUGCUUGCCCGCAUCGUGACGGAGUUUCUGUGCAAGUUUUUCAUCGGCAAGGAGCAUCGGCUGUACGAGCAGAUCGUGUGCUACGUGAAGUUUCUGAUCGCCAACCAGCACAACAGCUUCUGGGACCAGCGGUGCGUGACGCUGGUGGAGCUGCUGUACGACGAGCAGCAGCAGCUGGAAACGGUGCUCGCCAUUCUGCGGGCCGCUCCCGUACCGUGGUCGCCCGCGAUCGCUUCCCUGAUGCGGUACGCGGCCAGCGAUCUGCCGAUCGCGUCCAGCCUAGCGAUCGAGCGGAACACGCAGAUCAUCAAGUGUCUGAAGGUAAAGUAUGGCUGGAGUCUGAAGGCGCCGUUCAACAACCGGCUGCUGGUGCAGCGCAUCCUGAAGCUGCACCUGCCCGAGAUGCUUGCCGACAUUGAGGCGAUCGUGAAAACCGACGGCGGGUUGGCGUUCACCACGGACGUUAGUGUGAUUUUGAAGCUGGCCGAGUACGGUGACGUCAUUGCAGCGGCCCAAUAUCUCGAUGGAUUGGAUAAACAGCGGCAGGAGCAGUGUUGCCGGAGUAGCAUUUCAAUAAUGAUUCGUAUUAUCGACGGAGGAAAGAUGUCAAAGGAAAUGACGAUGGCUUACCUGGAAGCACUGCCCAUGCUGAAGCGCCGCGCAAACAAUGAACAGCAAAAGGCUAUCCAACAGAUCGUGAACAUCAUUCAGUUGCGUACCGAGUUUGGACUAUCCGUUACCUGUCGCAGCUUCAGCAAUGCCACCGACCGUAACGGGCUGCUGCUCAGCGGCAUUCGAUACAUUCUCGACAAGCUGCAGCACCAGCGUGACCAAUUUCUCGACCUGCUGCUGGGUGCAUUGCGUCGCCUUUCCUCCCUGCUGGACGUAACGUUGCUCGACUGCUUGUACGAAACUAUGUUGCUGCUGAAAAACGUGCACGUAAGCUGUCUUCUAGCCGGGCAGGUCACCGAACUGGCCGACCUGCGCAAACCGGGCACAUUCCCGGCGGUGCAUCGUAUCGUUUCGUUGCUGCUCGUACAGCAAAUACAGUGUGCGCGAGCGGAUGAUUGCAGUACCACCGGCUGGCUGGAGGAUGCAUUCACGUUUCCCGUCUGCCGCGAGCUGCUUUAUCAAACGGCAACGGACUGCCCGAAGGAAGCCGCCAUCCGGUUGGAGCUGUUGCGUUGGAUUCAGCUCGCCGUACGGCACUACCCGGCAGGCAUUGGGGAGGAAUUAUCCCGGCGUACAACUAUUUCCGAGACUGUGUUUAGCGCAAUGUACGAACAGCUUGCCGAGGAAAAAGGGACGGAAGGAAGCAAUGGCACCAACGAAAAGCCAUUGGCGAAAGAUCUGAAGCGUGAAUCGCUCUCGACGUUCGACGUAGUGAACGAUGAUUUUGAUCAGGUCAGCCUGCCGAGAAAUCGACACGCCCAGGAGCAGGAAACGAUCGUGCAGUGUGUUGGGCAGGCGCUGCAGAUGGUGCUGUCGCGUGUGAAGGGAGAGGCCCGUACGAAUGGCACCUUUGCCCACCUGGUCGCACUGAUGGGCCCGCUGAAUGAGGUCGAGGUGUCGACCGCUUUCCAGCGCAGUCUGGACGGGUUGAUUCGCGCCAAGCAGUAUCCACCGGCAAUCGGUAUCGUGCAUCUGCUGCGAUCGUACCAGCCGACCGUGGGGCUGCUUAUUCCCGCUCCGUACGCGGAGAACGUUGCGCGCAAGGCGAUCAAGUACAUGCUUUCUCAAAAGGAGCCCAACUAUAGCAGUGCCAUCAUGACGCUCUUCACGUGUGAGAACCGCGAAACCUGCCUGGAGUAUUUGCGCACCAACAUGACAAACGAAUCGCAACGCAUCGCGCUCCAUACGAUGCUGGAAUUCUACUACUUCACGAUCGGGCAGGAAGCGAAGGCGGUGGAGGAGCGCAACCAGCGGCUGCGCUACACACUGUUCCACGAGCUGUGCAAGUUGGACCCCUCGCUCAAGGCGAAGAAGUCCUUCAUCUUCCACUCGCAGUCCGACCUGAUGAAGGAGCUCAAGCACAAGGUGAUCAACGUGGAGCUGCUGCGCAAGAUGAGCGACGCGUUCAGCUGGGACUACCAGCAGAUGCUCGUCUCGCAGGUCAUCACGCUGCUCGGCCAGCAGGAGCUGUCGUUCACCGUGCGCGCCGGCAUGUACGGGCAGGAGGAGAUCGUAAUCAACGAAACGGCCGACGCGAUGCUGGCGCUGGUGCAACCGUACCUGGCCGAGAUCGACAACGAGCUGCUGCUCUGCUCCAAGCUCACCAAGUACAUGGAGCAGGCGAACGGCUACUUCUACGAGCAGUUCUUCUGCAUCUUCGACAUCCUUGCGCAGUACGGCGAGACGAAGGACGACGUCGUGGCGUGGGGCCACAUACUGACCUACAUGAAGAAUCAGCUGACCGGGCGGCGCCGCCAGCGUCCCGGGCAGGCCGAGCUGGAGGCCUGGAUGCGGGUGCACUCCGAUGGCGACAUGCUGCCGGAAAUUGCCAAGUACCGGUACCCGUUCAUGCUGAUUCUGCGCCAACCGCUCAAGACGCUGCUGAAGGAGGACAUUACGGUCGAGAACUACCACAAGCUGCUGGUGCUGGUGUCGAUGAAGGCGACCGCGGAAGGGCUGGACUGUCGCGAGAUGAACGACUACUUCUGCCGCUCGGCCGUCAUCAACUCGAUCAACGAGUACAAGAUACAGAACAGAGAAAAAUCGCCCCAUUCCGAAUGGCACCGGCAGUCGAAGAACAGAGCAUUCCUGCAGUCGAUACUUCGUAUCGUGGACAGUGUGUGGGAUCUGUCGACCAAGCUGUACAUCCUGUACUACAUCACCUGCAACGCGCUCGACGGGGACGAUCAGGUGAACGCCGCGUAUGCCUGCUAUGAGUUUGCCCGCAAGCACGAGUCGAGCCUGAGCGGCAUUCCGGAGGCGAAGGACAAGAUCGAGAAGAUCUACCGCAAGUAUCCGGUGCUGAAAACGCAGCAACUGUUACAGCAGAACGGUGUCACAGACGAGAAGCAGUUCCAGCUGGUGAAGAACCCGCAGGAGCUCAUCCAGGCCCUGUACACCGAGUCCUGCUUCCAGACGGUGAAGGUGAACGAGCUCGCGACCACCAUCGGCGAGCUGCACGGGCUCGACGUGGAGGCCAUCCAGAUGGGGCUGCUGCAGAAGUGGCUCACCAUGUUCGGCGGUUCGGGCAUGGUGGCGGCCGCAGCAUCGGCAGCCGACGGUUUCCACAACGGUAGCGGCAUGCUGGAGGAAACGCUGUACGACGAUCACAACGUGUCCGACGCGAGCCAGGAGGACGAAUCGAACGUGCACGAGUGUAUGGCGCGGGCGUACUACAUCCUGAGCAGCUGGCAGCGCUCCAAGAGCGUCGAGUUCCUGGUGGCCGAACUCAACUCCAGCCUCGACGCGUCGCACGGCGCGUCGGACGUCAGCAAGCAGCUGCAGAUCUACCAGUGCUUCAGCCGGCUGGCCGACGACAACUGUACCACGUACCGGGAGUUCUUCACCCAGCGCCGGUACGUGGCGCUCAAGUGUGUCCAUCUGCUGAAGGCACUCGGCCUGCACACGAUCUCGGUCGCCCGGUUCGAGGAGACGGACAAGAUGGCGCUGCUCAAGAUGCUUUGGCAGUCGCACGCGACCAACCCGAAGGGGCUCGAGGUGCUGUCGCUCAUCUGCAUCGGGUACGACAUCUACGUGCCCCAGAUUUGGAACGGCAUCCUGAAGCAGAUGUCCCGCCUGGGGUUGGUGGCGAAUCUGCGCGCCCUGAUCGAUAUCGUCACGGCGCACCGGCAGCUGUUCGGGCUCGAGGGCUACCGGAUGGCCUGGGAGCUGCUGAUCAAGCAACCGUUCCGCAGCGCCAACCGGGAACAGUCGCUCGCCGAGGAUGCGCUGCUCGCCCGCUCGCUCGUGAUGGUGCAAAAGUGUCCGAUCUCGUUCCGGCUGAACCUGCUCGAGAUUGCGGACGUCUGUGUGAACGUGAGCCGGAUCAGUAUGGCCGCGGUGCUGCUUGGAUUUACCGACGAGGAGCAGAGCGAGACGCUCAAGAAGCUGAUUGCCACCGUCCCUGUGCCGAACCUGCACGAACAAAUACGCGAGCUGGAAGAGUUCGGGCUGGCGUCCUCGAUUACGAAAGCGGUCUGCCGGGAGCUGCAAUCGCUCCCGUCCGACACCUCUGCCCCAUCGGCUGAGAAAAAAUGGCGUUCCAACUGAACUAACUUUACCGCGCGAUAUUACGCUAUUAACUUUUUUUUUUAAUAAAUUAACAUUAACGAUA